CCGGCUUGACCUGAGCGCUGAUAUUCCUGCAGGUGAACGAGCGUUAUGCCAGUUGAACUUGUUCAGGAGUCGCUACGAUGUCAUUUAAAGCGUUUAACUGCUAGGCAACCAUUAGACAGUUGUGUUUCGAGUGCACUUCCCGGAUAUAAUGUAUGAAAUGGAUCGAUAGCAGCUCUGGAGUCAGCUUUAUAUUAUAGCCUAGCACGGAAAGGGAGCUGCUGAAGUGGAGCAGCGGUAGGACAGGUUUAGGGCUGUUGUUGUUUUUCUUUUAUAUAAGCCUAGCCGAGUUCUGGUUCGAUCAACGGGAGGGUUUGUUCUCCCGCAUGCCGACAUGGAGUCGUUUGGAUGCGUUUCCAAUAUUCUCGGAUGCUCCGCUGGCUUUGCUCUGGCUGGGCUUGUGUUCACUGCCUACAAACUGGGCUUAAUUUACCAGUUGUUGCACAAGACCGAAACGCAGAGCCCCCGGCAUGGAGGGGAGAGCGUGGCAGAGGUCCUGCGCGCGCACGGAGUCAAGUUUCUGUUCACGCUGGUCGGCGGGCACAUCUCCCCCAUCCUCGUGGCCUGCGAGAAGGUGGGCAUCCGCGUCGUGGACACCAGACACGAAGCCACGGCCGUCUUCGCCGCGGACGCUGUGGCGAGGCUCUCAGGUACUGUCGGCGUAGCCGCGGUGACGGCUGGCCCGGGCCUCACCAACACGGUGACAGCGGUGAAAAAUGCUCAGAUGGCUGAAUCUCCACUGCUGCUUCUGGGAGGAGCUGCUGGAACGUUGCUGCAGGGCAGAGGAGCGCUGCAGGACAUCGACCAGCUGUCUCUCUUCAGGCCACUUUGCAAGUUCUGUGCCUCCAUCCGCACCGUCAGGGAGAUCGUGCCUACGCUCAGGAAGGCCCUGGCAGUCGCUCAGUCGGGAACCCCCGGUCCCGUUUUCAUCGAGUUCCCCAUUGAUACGCUGUACCCCUACCACCUGGUGUCCAAAGAGUUCGCUGUCAAGAACCCACCCAAAGGGCUGAUGGGAAAAAUCGUUUCGUGGUACCUCAAUAACCACCUCAUGAACCUUUUUGCUGGAGCCUGGGAGACCAGGGAUGUUUCCCCACUUCCUGUUCACGUCCCUCAAGCCACAGAUGAUCAGGUACAAAGGUGCAUAGAGCUGGUAAGUCGAGCUAAGAAACCAGUCAUUCUUCUUGGGAGCCAAGCCACGCUGCCUCCAACGCCUGCAGAAGACAUCAGGAAGGCUCUGGAGGAUCUGGGUAUCCCCUGCUUUCUCGGAGGCAUGUCCCGUGGCAUGCUGGGUAAAGACAGCCCCAUCCACAUUCGACAGAACAGGCGGGAUGCUCUGAAGGACGCUGACUUGGUUCUCCUAGCAGGCACCGUAUGCGACUUCCGACUGAGCUAUGGCAGAGUUCUCAACAGGAGGAGCAAGAUCAUUGCUGUCAACAGAGACAAGUCACAGCUGCUGAAAAACUCAGACAUGUUCUGGAAGCCAACCGUAGCCAUUCAGGGAGACGCUGGAUCAUUCAUUGUGCGUCUGUCCAAGGGGCUAAAGGGCCAUCGCUGUCCCGAGGAAUGGCCUCAGAGCCUCAAAGCCGGAGAUUCCACCAAAGAAAGCGCAAACAGGGCCAAAGCUAACGAGAAGACGGAGCACCACCUAAACCCUUUAAAGGUCCUGCACUGUGUGGACGAGCUAAUGGCCGAGGACAGCAUCAUCGUGGCGGACGGGGGAGACUUUGUGGGAAGUGCCGCUUAUAUAAUGAGACCAAGAGGACCUCUGCGUUGGUUGGAUCCAGGAGCCUUUGGGACUCUGGGAGUUGGAGGAGGUUUCGCUUUGGGAGCAAAGCUUUGCCGCCCUGAAUCUGAGGUGUGGAUAGUCUAUGGAGACGGCUCCCUGGGCUACAGCGUCGCGGAGUACGACACGUUUACCCGGCACAAGACACCUGUCAUAUCCGUGGUUGGAAACGAUGCGUGUUGGAGUCAGAUAUCCAGAGAGCAGGUCCCCAUCCUCGGCAGUAACGUGGCUUGUGGCCUCGCUUUUACAGACUAUCACACAGUGGCAGAUGGUUAUGGCGGUAAGGGCUACCUUGUCGGACGGGAAAACGAGGACCAGCUAAGGGACAUCAUCCAGCAGGCUCAAAGGGAUGCAAGGGAGGGCAAGGCUACGCUUCUCAAUGUUUUGAUAGGGAAGACCAAUUUCAGGGAAGGCUCCAUCUCUGUGUAGAGCCUCUCUGUAUCCAAAGCACUCGCCUAUUCUUUGUCUUUUAACUUUGGCUUCCUAUGCCUUUUUUUUUUGUCAGUUCCACGAGGGAUUUCAACCGAUAACAUAUUUAAUUCUGAAGUGCACUAAUUCAGCCAUGCCUGCUUCAAAGCUUUAAUAAUCCUUUUUAGAUCUUAAAGCAAUAUUUUACCUUUUUCGACAAUUUGACCCAGUAGUUCCAAUAACGAUCAUUUCCCUUUACCUUAUAAAUAUUAUUAUUAUUAUUAUUAUUAUUAAUAAUAAUAAUAAUAAUAAUAAUAAUAAUAAUAAUAAUAAUAAUAAUAAUAAUAAUAAUAAUACUAAGACACUCCAGAGUAGAAAUGAAGCACCUGUUGUUCAUUAUGCUGCCUUCAGGGUCAUGUCGUGACUUCAGAAAGCGAAUGCUGCAUUUUAAAAAGGGAAGUGGUGAAUAUUCUGAAAUGUUUGCUCUAUUAUGAUAUGCCCAGCUAGAUUAUGGAUCUUUAAACCACCCAUUGCAGGUUUGCAAUUAAACUAGCUAUGAGGAUUACUUGUGUGUGAGAGCACUGACUUGAAGUGACCAGUAUGCCUUUUUUUUUUUUUUUUUCCUACUGUUUUGGACUUGAACACUUGGCCUUUUUUGGAUCCGUGGUAUCUUUGAGCUAAGAACCUUCAGUCUGAGUAAAUGCUUUUGGGGGGAAAAAAUAAAUCGAACUAGAAAUGUUUCCGGGAAUGUCGCCUGACGGAUGAUUUGCCUUUCAGUGCUUGAUUGUAUCUUCAUAUACAUUACUAUAUGUAUAGUUUUGAAAAUGAUUCAGAGGAUCUGCUGAGAAAUUAAAGAAAUGUUUAAUACUGAC